AUGCCUCGCUCAUUUUUGGUGGACUCUUUAAUUUUGCGCGAGAACUCGGAGAAGACGUCGUCAGUAGUGGACACUAGUGCCGCGCCGAUCUUCCCCUACGCGGCCCUGCACCACCACCACCACCCGACGCACCCCUUCCACGGCUGCCACUCCCGGAAGGCAGGCCUGCUCUGCUUCUGCCCGCUCUGCGUCACCACUGCAGCGGUCACGGCCUCGCAGCUCCACCCGGCCAGCCCUCCAACUGCCCCUUUGGGGGGUGUCACGAUCCCCCCGCUCCUCAAGGCCUCCUUCCCCGGCUUUGGCAGCGCCUCCUACGGCCACACCGCUGCUCUGAGUCGGCAGCACGGCUCUGGAGGUGCUGGGGCGGUGCACCUUAGCGUCAGCCCUGCUGGAGUUUACCAAGGAGGGUACCACCCCAGCGUGCACGGCUCAGACCCCCGCUACCACUGCCUAUCACUGGAUAACAGCGCCAGCCAACUUCAGAGCACCAAGCGCAUGCGCACAGCCUUCACCAGCACGCAGCUUCUGGAGCUCGAGCGCGAGUUCGGCGCCAACAUGUACCUCUCGCGCCUGAGGCGGAUUGAGAUCGCCACCUACCUCAACCUGUCAGAGAAGCAGGUUAAGAUUUGGUUUCAGAACCGGCGCGUGAAACACAAGAAGGAGGGCAAGAGUGGCCACGGCGGGUCGCACAGGGUCGGCGGAGGGGGUCACGCGCACUGCAAGUGUUCCUCCGUGUCGCCCGCGCGCUGCUCCGAGGAUGAAGAUGACGACUUGCCGAUGUCUCCCGAGUCCUCCGGGAAGGAAGACACCGACAUGUCCAUCACCCCGUGAGCUCGCGCUCAUGUGGCAUCGCAAGCGCAACAGAGACGUGCCCGUG